AAAAUAUGUUCGGGUUGGGUUUUGGAAAAGAACCCGGAUGAAAAUAGUAUUUUUAAGAUAAGAAAAGUCCUCAUGAAACCGGCAUCGUUUGUUUAUUUUCUUAUCAUCAGUCCCGGUUAUGGUCUUAUUUUAUCUACGUAUAAUAUAUGGAACACUAUGUUUAAUUGGCAAAUCAGGAAACUUAGAGUUCUUGAAAUGAUUCACACAACAGAGUCAGACAUAAUUGCCUUGCAAGAAGUGAGAAGUGGUGAACAUCCACAGCUUUCUAAUCAAAUAUUAGAGUUGAAGUCAGGACUUCCGUCACAGUUUAAAUGGCAUGUCUUCAGGGUAGCAAACAAUGUAUCCUUCAUAGACAAGACUAUAGACAAAUCAUACCCAGGAGAAGGUAUUGGUAUCAUAAGUCGUUUACCAAUUAUAGAUAGCUCCACCCAUUAUCUAUUGCCACACCCUGCAGACCCGGACAAAAACAAACGUGUGAUAGUACAUGUCAGAGUGAAAGAUAGAGACGGAACUUCGUAUGAUAUUCUUGUUGUCCAUCUGUCAUACCACAGGCAGCAACAGUGUAGAAAUGUAGCAGAUAUUGUUACAUUUAUAACAAAAAGACGACUUCGCAAUGUGAUAAUAAUGGGUGAUUUCAAUACAUACAAUGACUAUAACUGGCCAAUAGAUAUAUUUCUUGAUGGGAAAGUAACUAAAGACAAUCCUUGUUGGAAAAUAAGCCAGAACGUCAACCUUUUUAGACUCAAAUUUAAAGAUGCUUGGCUGAAUGUUAAUGCUGAAAAGAGUGGUCUAACCUUCAGUAAUAUGCCUUCUCCUGGAUUUGAAAGCAGACCAGACAGAAUCCUGGUGGAGUCUAAGCUUUCUGUAAAAAAUGCAAAAGUUAUUGGGAAUGGUGAGAGAUAUAAACAGAGAUAUAAGGCUGCUGUUCAUUGGUCAAGAUUCACCACUGUCAUCCAAUCAGCGUACUUGUCAUAUCAAGGAGUGGAAGGAUAUCCAUGCAGUCAUGAUUGUGGACCCCAUGGAUCAUGUCAGUGUGGGGUUUGUGUUGCUAUUGGAAACAAAAAGGAUUGUCUGCUUCCUUACUGUGAUAAUUGCAUUUCAGAUGUAUUAGAGAAUCUAGUCCUGCAUUUCAUUAUAUUUGUCAUCGUUCUAUUUCAUUUGUUUUAUUCAGUGGUGUUAAUUUUAACAAUUGGUGCAAAUUCAUAUGGGGACACCUUACAUUCAAUUUUAGGAUUUAAGUGUUGUUUAUUCAAUCCAAAGUUAUGCAAGUUCAGUGGAAAAACUUUUGGAAGAAAGCAGCAAUGUCUAAAAUUUUGUCAGAUGUGGCCAUUGUUUUGGUUUCCACCAUAUAUACAGUUUUUUGGAUGUUUAAUCAUCCUAUAUUCAUUUAGCAUAUAUACAAAACGAGUAUUCAAACCAGUGUUAGAUUUAACAUACACAGUCCUAGAGGAAGAGUUGUUCCCAUCAGAUCAUUUAAUGGUUGUUGCACAUGUUGUUAAGGAAUAAAGAAAAUAUAGUUAA